GAGACUGGCACAAAACAGAAAGGCUUCCUUGUGGACGGGACUGUGGUAGAUACUUGACUGACGGGCAGAAUGGCUGAUGGGUCGUGCAGAGCGUCCUCAAGGCUUCCCCCGGCUUUAUUCCCUCUCCUACUGCUCCUGGAAUCCUCAACGAUGCUGGCCAUGUCCACGGUGGACUACACAAAUACUGUAGUAUCCGAUGAGCCGCCGAUGCUAGGAGAAUGCAUGCAGAUUCUUGAGCCUUCGUAUCACAAGAUCUUUGAUCUGGAGCAAAUAUGCCAAAACUUGGAGCUUUACUUGGCGUGUUACGUUCUUGACGUACAGGAAGCCGCUGCCUUUUACCCCGGGCCAUUGCCUCUUGACCUCUUCCACGAUGUCCACUCGAUGAAACUAGCGUACCGGGGAGUGUGCCUCGAUCUGCUAGCGAUAACCCCAAAUCGUCACUGUGUUCAGGAGAAGGAACCAGAACUAAUGAAGUGUAAUGAGGACCUGAACGCCGUCAGCUCUCUUCUGGACCAUAAUUUUUACGAUGUGUACGAAUCAACAACAUAUUUAUGUAGAGCGUUCCAGAAACACGCCAGCUGUGAGAGCUUGGCGUUCUCAUCGUGCGAUGCCGGUAUGGGGCGAGCCAUGGCCAACUUCUACAUCGCGGCACUACCCACGACCUGCAAGAUUAUGCUCGGUGUGAACUCCAAGUACGACGACAUCAUCUUUGGUCCUUUUUGGAUGGGCAUUCCUGUAGAAUGUUUCCCGGAAGACAGAGAAACCGACCCUGCGUCCUUGGGGACAACCUUGAACAAACUGUGCAGAUAUUAUGAGACGUUUAUUCCGUGUCUCCAACAAGUGGUCGAGAGGAGAAAUCGUACAGGACUUUUGUACGAGUUGGGGUCAUAUGACUUGUUCGACUCUGAAUCUCAGCUAAACGCCUACGGAGCAUUUUGUCCUAUUGUGAAUGAUCUUGGGGAGGACUUGGAAUGUGUACAAGACCCCAAUGUGACUGUGUCGGAAGCUUGUAACAACGACUACAGCGAAGCAACGUACGAGUUAGAGACACCAGAGCUAUCAUUCCAAGACAAGCGUAUUAUCAUGUGCAAAGCAACUGCUGAACUGUUGCGAUGCGAACAGCAAGCGUACACAUCAUGUACUGAUCAAGUGAAAACGGCCUACAACAACUACAAUGUGGCAGUUUUACCGAGCUGGUGUAAGCAAGUGGCAGGUAUCUCUUCUGAAUUUGAUGAGUUGCCAGUUGAGAAAACAACAAAGAAAGUAAGAAAAACCACAAAGAAAAUCAAAAACUAUAAAAAACCUAAAACAACGACUCUAACCGAAAGAGUUACCAUGACGGAGAGCCUGACUGAUGUUAAAACAUUCACGACAGAAUUGCCUGCCACGGCCGAUGUCUCCCAAACACUGUCGCCACCGGAAUUCAUGCCAGCUUACACGACGGAUAACGGCCAGCAAGCGUUGCGGACUAUCCCCUCUCUGGCUCUUCUUCUGAUUGGCGCUGCUCUGAUCUUCACGUGACCAAUGAGCUUUCAAUGAACAAAGAGUUUUCUCCCCAUGUCACAGCUAUUAUCCAAUCCUCGUCACCCUCAACGUAUUUAUUCCAUCUCGUCACAUCAGGUGUACAUUAUCCUGGGAAUCCACUAGGUGCCAGAGAGACCGUUAUUUAUACAUUCCUUGUCUUGCCGCUGAGGUAUGAUAGAUCCCUGAAAUCUACAAGAUCGGCAACCCUAGUUAUCUGCCCCUGACGAGAAGCCGUUGAAUAUGCCCUCGAACGAGAAGAGACACCCUUCCACUGCGGGUGUUAAUUAAAUCCCCAAGAGAUAUAAGAUGAGGUUUAUAAACUGAAAAACAUGACCUCAACACCACUUUCCUGUCAAGGUAAAUUCUGGUCCUAUAUUCAUUUGGGUUGGCUGAUCUGUCUCCUGUAAAGGAUGUGGCCUCGGGUGGAAUCAGCCACGUCUCAUUAUUUCCACCAUGUGUCCGUAUUGACAAGCAAAUGACUUCUUUGGAGAAUAACAAUGUGACGACGUCGACGACUAUGAUGAUAACGGGGAUGGUGUUCUCGGCGACAGGUUCUGAAAAUGGUGUGAUUAGAGAUGUUUAUAUGGUGCCGAGAGGUUCUGAAGGUAGUGUGGUUAGAGAUGUUGAUAUGACGCCGACAGGCCCUAAAAGUGGUGUGGUUAGAGACUUUGAUAUGGCGGCGACAGACCCUGAAAAUGGUGUGGUUACAGAUGUUGAUAUGACAGUGACAGGCCCUGAAAGUGGUGUGGUUGAAGAUGUUGAUGUGGCACCGACAGAAAUGUAUAUAUGACGAUGUGGUCAGUGCUGUUAAUAUGGAGGUGACACGCCCUGAAAGUGGCGUGGUUAGAGAUGUUGAUAUGACAGUGACGGGCCCUGAAAAUGGUGUGGUUAGAUAUGUUGAUAUGACGGCGACAGGCCCUGAAAGUGGUGAGGUUAGAGAUGUUGAUAUGACGGCGACAGACCCUGAAAAUGGUGUGACUGGAGAAGUUGAUGUGGCGCCGACAGGCCCUGAAAGUGGUGUGGUUAGACAUGUUGAUAUGACGGCGACAGCCCUGAAAGUGGUGUGGUUAGAGAUGUUGAUAUGACGGCGACAGACCCUGAAAGUGGGGUGUUUAGACAUGUUGAUAUGACGGCGACAGACCCUGAAAGUGGCGUGGUUAGAGAUGUUGAUAUAACAGCGACAGGCCCUGAAAGUGGUGUGGUUAGAGACGUUGAUAUGAAGGCGACAGGCCCUGAAAGUGGUGAGGUUAGAGAUGUUGAUAUGGUGGCGACAGCCUUCGACCGUGAGUUGUUCUAUGCUAUGUCACUGUGUCACGGAUAGAGACGGAGUUCUUCAGUAGCGCUGCUGUAGAAUCAGCCUGUGCUUAUAUGGUAAUAUAGGUUAUUUUAACAUUGAUAUGUUGGUCUCUUUUCAGACGAUGGUGAUAAUUAAACAUGUUGCCGUGUUUGCAUCAUAUCGCUGAUGUAAAUAUGACUGCGUGGGUAUCUGAUAUCAAUGGCCCGUUCUUCUACAUGUACCAUGUAUUUACUUUUCAAUUUGGGUAUAUAAAUAGUGACCACUCCGUCCAUAUUUAGCGAAAAUAAUUUGUUUCCAUCGUCCAUCUUACGUCUGUUUUCAUUUUAUAUGACUACAACACAAAGUAGACAACGUUCCUGACAACUUGAUGAACGCUGUAAAAAAUCCUGAUGGCAAAUUGUCACAUACGCAAGUAAAUAUUUUAGAAAUAUACGAAUAAAUUCAGUUUUAUUGGUUGGUCCCAAUUUUUGUGUACUUUAUAUCCCAUUGUCAUCCAGAACGUGACCCUUGCCUUUAUCUCAUCUCAACAGUAUUUUAAGUUGAUGAUUUCAUGUGCACAUUGUUCGGCUUGUAUAUGUAUAGGCUUUUUGUAUAUACCCUAGGAUGCAUAUAGAUGCGUAUAUGCUUUUACCGUUUGUAUAUAAAUUGUUGGGAGGUUGGGUGGGAUGGUGUGGGUGGGUGGGGUUUUGUUGGGGCUCCGUGGCCGAGAGGUGAUCGAGGUAGAUUCUCUCGAGUGCGAUCGCACUGAGUUUAAUUCCAGCUUAUGCAGACUUCCUACCCUAUCCGUGAGAUUGUCAGCCAUGGCCACCGUCGUUUAACAUCAGUCAAAUAAAUCAGUAGAUAUAAAUUGCUGGAUUGUACAGCGCUAUAACAUCACAUCGAUUGGAAUCAACAAUUUAAGGUUUGACAAGAUGUGAGUGAACUUUGACAUUUGAAUACCCUCCCUGAAAUGUUCUUAGCGAGAAAAGGCAAUUAAAGAGAAAUGCCUGUGUUCGAUUCUCGUGGAAAGUUUGGAUUAAAAGUACAAAAAAUUUCAAACGAACAGUGUCUAGUUCAUGUUGAUUUGCAUCUCUAUGGUUUCUCACUUCUGCUGGACUGAUAUACACACAUAUGGCAUUCUAGUGUCUAAACCUACGCGAGGCUUUUCUAUUCUGUGCUUGUACAUGGCGAAGAUUACAUAGAUUGUGAAGAUCACAUAGAAGGUUAAUAUCACAUAGAUGGUGAAGAUCACAUAGAUGGUGAAGAUCACAUAAAUGGUGGAAUUCACCGUACAUCCGUACCGCCAGAACUUUCAACAUUAAAAUUUUUUCCGGAUUCCAUAACAUGGUCUUAAAUGUAAAUAUACUAAGCACAGAUCUGUUAUAUGUAUAUUUAAUUGAACUGAGAUUGAUCAAUGAAUAUGACGACGAAAUAUCAUUUGUGUACAUCCGUCAGUAAAUAAAUCAAGAAUGUAAAUGUUCAAUAUUAAUGUUGUUUAUUUUAUUUAUAAAGCUGUUUGUAAUUAAUAUGGUACACAGAAUAAG